UUGUUUUUCCUCUCUUUUGUCAUCCCCUGCCCAUUUAAGCUCCACCACCACCACCACCAUCAGAAACAGAGCACCAACAAUGAGGUAGAGGUAGAGGUAGAGGAAGAGAAUGCAAGAUAAGGCAGAGAUUGGAGGAGGAAGAAAGUGGGGUAGGCCUAAACAAAGAGCACUGUAAGAAGAGGUAUACUUCUCUCUCUCUCUCUCAAACCAGUAGAAGGAUGCAGAGUAGCCAAUGUGGGGUGGAAGAAGAGUACAUAGACAUGGAGGUGAGCUCCACACACCCCAUUGAAACCACCACCACCUCCACCAGCACUAUAGAAUUUGAUUUCCACCGCCCCAACUCUGGUUCGGACCACAACAACCACUCUGCACCCUCCCCUGCUGAUGAGCUCUUCUACAUGGGCAACCUCCUCCCCCUCCACCUCCCGCCUCGCCUCCAUAUGCUCCAUUCCCUCCUCAUCUCUUCGUCUUCGAGGCAACAACAACAUCAGACUACCUCAGCUGAUGCUUCUUCCAUUGUCCCCCCCCUCUCUUUAUCAGAGGGAGCCACUCCUUUUGAAUCCUGCGACGCCACACCCUUGGAUUCCUGCCAUGUUAGCGGUGAGCUCAAGCCCGAAUGCUACUUCGAUGUGAGAUAUUUCGAUGCCAAGGAUACCUUGUACACUUCCAUUGCUUUAGAGAGAGAGGGGGAGGAAGAAGGGGUGGAAACUAAGAAGAAGUGGUCUAAGAAGCUUAAGCUGAUUAAUCCUUACUCUUCUCUGGGUCUCAAGCUCAAGGCAUCCAGAGCUUAUAUUAAGUCCCUCUUCACCAGGUUAACCGGCAACGAGCCGAGCCAACCUCACUGCAAGCAGCCGCCUCCCCCUCCUCCGAAUUCUUCCAGUGUGAAAAAGAAGAAGAAGAAUCCAUUUGGGCAGAUAGAGAGAGAAAGCUAUUACCAGUCAUUGUCAAGGAAAACCACCAAGGAAGAGAAGUCAUCUUCCUUGGCAUUGGCUGAUGGUUUGGAGACACACAGGAGAUCUUUUUCUGGCGCCACUAAAACCCAUUUGAACUCUGCAACUCACAGGCAUGCUCCUCCCCCUCCUCCUCCUCCUUGUCUCUCUAAUUCCUCUUCUCUUAUGUUGGGGGGAGAGUGGGUGGUGCUUAAGAGGAGCAGCAGUACAAACUCAGAGGUGGAGUGCUCGAUACAGGGGGCCAUUGCUUACUGUAAGCAGUCACAGUUGAUGCCGUCGAGGAAGAGUGAUGCAAGCAGUCAUUGUUCUUUGUCUAUGUCGAGGAUUGCUGCAGCUUGUGAACACCAAGAGAGGCCCGGCCUAUGCAGAGGCUGAAAUUUUGAACACUCCAUUGUAUAAAGGCAUCAGUGGUUCUGAAAGAACAUUAAAAAACAAAAAAAACCAGAGCCAUUUUGUAUACAGUGUGAAGUUACAGGGGAGGUUGCAGUUCAAGAUCCAGUUAAGCAAGAUCAGUCUUCAAUUAUAACCCUCUCACUUUCUCUCUCUCUUUGUGCAAUUGCCAUUCUUUUCACUCUGUUUCUCUCCUGUGAAAUCCCCUCUCGAGAAAAUAAUGGUGAAUAUCCCACAAUUGCCUGUAAAUGGCAAGAGAAAUUACCUUUUCAAAUGUUAGGGAAAUUUAUCAAAAA